GGGUGCUGGUCCCGUCCGCUGGGCUGAAUCUCUGCAUCUCGUCAAUCGCCUUCUUCCUUCGCAGGGCGCGAGAGUCGUUUCCUCGAUGAGAGACUAGACGGCCCCGGACACCUCCAAGGCAAGCGUCAGCGUGACAAUGACCGAGAUCCAGCUGCCUCUGUUUGCCUUUCAGUCGUUCGUCGGUCAGCCUCGUUCGCCUGCUUCGAUCGAGUCACAAUACAGCCCAUUCGCUUUCUCACAAGCUACAUUUGGCAUGUCCGCUUCACAACCAGACGAGGCGGCGGCGGCGGCGGCGUACCCCUACCCGUACUCGCACAUCAGCCUUCCUCAUCAGAGCGUCAGACCGCGCCCGACGAUCGACACGAUCAGGCCUGGCGCUUAUCUUGAUGCAGCUCAGGCCGCAUUUGCUUCCUGGGAAGACGAAUCGGCCACGCCCGUCGCUCCUCAACCACCCAUGCAGACUCUUGCUCAGGCCGUUCUGCCCGUUCCGCGCGCUCAGAGAUCGGCAGCUGAUCAAGUAAAGCCUGACUGGCUCACGUUCGCCGAUGAGCCUGCCUUCGACUACCAAAUGUUGGACGAGGAGAGCGGCCUUUCGCGCAAGGGGUCAACUAAAUCGACGCAAAGCUCUUCUUCGGCCUCGUCUGCUGCUUCAAUCUCCUCGUCUCAACAUGACUCUUCAUCGCCCUCAUCCAGGGACUCGACAUCUACUGCUCGUCAUCGCAAAGCAGCACGCUCACGCUCGAUCGGGAGCUCUAGCUCGGGACACGCCGUCAUGGUCAACGGUGAACGGCGCUACCCAUGCACAUUCGAGGGAUGUGACCAGACAUUCUCACGUCGUUACAAUAUGACGACGCAUUUGUCGAGCACACACUUCAGGAAUAAGCCCUACCCUUGCCCCGUCAAGUCGUGCACAAAGACGUUCUCGCGUCGCCACGACCUAGGCCGCCAUCUGGCCGCCGUGCACGAAUCGGCUGAGCCCCUGCCCACAACCGUCAAACUGACGAGCAUGCGUCGCGACACGAGUGGUCGAUCUUCUCGCUCACUAUCGUCUGCUAGCGCGCCUUCGCCUCGUUCCGAGCACAGUACAAGCUCGCCUCAAUCUUCUGCCGAUGCCUCACCUGCCUCAUCGAUCGAUCGUAUGCUCACACAGGCCUAUGGAUCCGUUGGCAUCAAAUCCGAGGUCGACGAAAUCGACGAGGCGCUCAGGUACAUUCCUGUUCCUUCCGAGCUCGAGCAUGCGCAUGCUUCAUUCGCUGCUUUCGCCAACCCCUUUGCUGGACACUACCAGGCACAAUCAGCCCCGGUCACCUCUGUCGAGCCGGGCUUUGCCCUGGCUCAGAACCCGCACGAGCAGGACACCCUUACCGCCCAAUUCGCUUUGCCAGAGGGAGCUUUCCCAUCUCAGGCCAGCCAAUUUGGCAUGCAAUUCUAUUAAACAGCAUCAGUCAUCGAUGCGCCUUUGGUCUCGUUCGAGAUCCCCAAUGCACCACACAUCUGCCUUGCUCGAGACGAUCUUCUGAUCGCUCGACUUGAACACAUGCCAGCCUUGACACAACACACACGCUCCUAUGAAGGCAGCACGCCGUCUCGCCGAUCUAUAGAUUACAGAGACGUUAAGCUUCGAUAGGGCAACUCGCAGCCAUCUAGGCCACUCAUACAUGUUUGGGGGCUUCAGCUCGAGCAGCACUGUCACUCUCCCACCCUGAGCUCUGCUUGUCGACGAACAGACCCGUCAUGCCUUGCAUCUCCUCUCGAGCCUUACCGAAUUGUAUCACUUCGUAUCAUUCGCCUCUCCUGUAAUUUCGUAGUAUAGAUGCAAUCAAGGAUCGUGUACUUCAGUGUAA